AUGACAUCAGCAUCACGCCAACAACCUGGGCUGGCUUGUGAGGAAUGUCGCAAAAGAAAGCUGCGAUGUGAUAGGCAGCAGCCUCGAUGCGAUCAAUGUGAAGACUCGGGAGCUAUCUGUUAUGUGAAUCAGGAUCGGUCUCCACGGGGUCCCAAAAGAGGACAUCUGAAAGCUCUACGCAGUCGUAUUGCAACACUUGAAAGCAUGGUUAAUCGUGACCAGCUCAGUUAUGAUCUCAACGCACAAUACACGCCCAAGGCUGAAGUGGGCCAGUUCCCUACGCCACCAGGGAGCACUUCUGAUGGCACGAGAGAGUGCCGCAGUUUGUCUCGAUCCGUGGAAGAAACACCACCAAGCAAUGCGUCCUGCGCACCAUCUAUAGCUCUAGAGCUUGAGAUAUCAGGCAUAAUUGAGGCAGAUUUAGACCAACUCUACUUUGAUAGAGUGCACCCUGUCGCCCCUAUGCUGCACCAAGGUCGCUACCUGGCCUGGUCACAACAAUGCCAGAAGAUAGAGCCUUACGCCGGCCUGCAAGCUGCGAUGUGGGCAUUAGCUGCAGCUGCAACAGCACAUCUGCAACACAUGCGGGACUCACUGUAUCUCUGUGCUCGUUCCAAGCUGGAGGCGCUCGAUAGCCAAAUCGAAUAUGCAAGCUCCGCUUCUUUACAGUCUGCACAAGGAUGGCUCUUGCUUACUCACUAUGAGUUCCGGUACAUGAAUUACAGCCGAGCAUGGAUCACAGCCGGACGAGCCUUUCGAAUCAUUCAACUGAUGAAGCUGCAUGAGCUUGACCGCUACCAUACAACGGCCCUCGAUCUAGCAUUUACCGAGCCCUGGGCCGAGGUCGAGGAGAAAAGACGAACGUUUUGGCUGGCAUAUUGUCUAGAUCGGUUUCUCAAUAUCUCAGACCAAUGGCCUCUAACCCUACAUGAAGACCCCAUCUGGAUAUUCCUUCCAGCCCCAGAAUCCGAUUUCCAGCACGGCAGACCAGUUCUCAUGGGAUCCAUAUCCGAUGCGAUUGAAACAUCCGGUCAAAACGCACUACCACCCUUCGCCGAGGCAGUUGUCCUAACAACACUAUGCUGGCACGGUGUCAGUCUGAAAAGAACUCCACCAGCAACCAAACCCCCCGGCCUGGACCCUGGCAUCGAUCUCUGGGAGCACCACCACAGACUGUAUCAAGUAGCCCAGCAACGGCUCAUGCUCCUCUCCCUGCCACCGUGCUCACUAGAACUGCUAGACCCAAUGCGUCUAUUCGUGAACAUGCUAGCAAACUCAGCGAUAAUCUGGUUCUACGGCAUGAUGGAAGUUUUCCGAGGAAUUUCCAAUGAUCAAAGUAUCCUUGUUCCUCUCUACUCGGCAUACGAAGUGGCCAGUCUCGCAAAGCCGCUUAUCCGAUCCGGCUUUUUCACGGUGAGUAUGACCUCUUCCCUGCAGGUCCCUUUGUGGCUGGUUCACAUCUCACAUGCGUUAAACAUCCAGGCACAUGCAUUUUCCCCGAUGUUGCUCUUUCUCGCGGCGAAGUUUCUCCAGACACAUGGAGAUCAGCUGGGUUUAAGUGGCUCCGUGGCGGAGGAUCAGUAUAAUAGACUGGAUGAGCUGAAAAGAGCGCUGAUGGUGUUGCAAAAUGGGAAUAAUUUGGCUAUGAACUAUUUGGAUCUGCUUGAGUCGGAUUGGUUUGAUAGGUUGGGUGGCUUUGUUUCUGUGCAGGGGGAUCUUUCAGGGGGGAACGGAGCAGCAGGGGUCACCUUGUGUUUUGGAUAUAAUGAAUCUCUUUUGAGUGAUGCUGGGCGUUGGUGA